CAGAACAGUGCAAACUCCUCUUCCACAUCUCUGAUCAGCUGUCAACUAGACAAGAAGAAAGAACUCAAACGGCUGUGGGGGAAAUGAUUUUAUAUAUAUUUCAUAUCAGACUGGUUUGAUCCCAUUUAGUUAGAGACGAGACAGUUUAUUGUCUUGCAAACUGACUGUGAAAAGAGCAACAGGCAGAUUUAUGUUGGAGAAUAUUCAACACAGAAAACGUUGGUAGGGAAUAAAGAACUGAACCUGAACCAAUCUGAUCUGGAAGUUUGCAACUACAGAACAACAUGACUGAUGAGAAUACAACAUACGACUAUGUCACAGAAUAUGAAGACCAGUUGUGUCGCAAAGAGGAGAUGGUAAAAAUCGGAUCCAUUAUAAUUCCAAUUUUUUUCACAGCAGUGGUUGUAUUGAGCUGCAUUGGUAACAUCCUCGUUCUGGUAAUCCUUGCACUCUAUGAGAGCCUCAAAUCCCUGACCAAUGUCUUCAUCCUCAAUUUAGCUGUGUCAGAUCUGCUGUUCACUUUUGGACUUCCAUUUUGGGCCUCGUAUUAUGUCUGGGGUUGGACAUUUGGUGAGGUUGGCUGUAAAGCUGUAAAGUUCUUCUUCUAUGUGGGCUUUUACAGCAGCGUGUUGUUCUUGACUCUAAUGACCGUUCAGCGUUACAUGGCAGUGGUUCAUCCUCUGUCUGACUGGGAGAGAUGCAAAGGCCUUUCUGUGUCUCCUUAUAUCGUUUGGAUCCUGAGUGGAACGGUUGCACUGCUCGGUUCACUUCAUAGUGAAGUCAUAAAAGAAUCUGACAGCCAAUACUGUGAAUAUGGCAGUGCUGAAUGGAAAUCUAGCAUUGCUUAUUUUCAAAAUGCUUUUUUCUUCAUUGCAUUUGUAAUCAUGGGUUACUGCUAUGGCAGAAUGCUUCGGACAAUCAUAAAAUCACGGACUAAGAAGAAACACAAGACUGUUAGACUAAUAUUCUGCAUCGCACUGGUGUUUUUUAUAGGUUGGGCUCCAUAUAACAUUGUUAUGUUCUUAAAAUCUUUGAACUUCCAUCCAUUCACAGUCUGUGAAGUAAGCAUAAGACUUGACUAUGCUUAUUAUUCUUGCCGAAUGAUAGCUUUCUCCCACUGUUGCUUGAACCCUGUGUUUUAUGUUUUUGUUGGCGUAAAAUUCAGGAAUCAUCUAAAAAUGAUUCUGCAGAAGAUCUCGCAAAAAAAAAAAAAACUCAAUUCCAUUCAAGCCACAUUGGCAAAAAAUCCGUCGCUGGGUUCAAUGUACUAAGAGAAAACUCAAGUACUUUUACCGAUUGCAGCGAAUCAACUUUGAGUUUUGAAAUACAGUAUUAAUGCAAAGGCAAAAGACCGUAACUUAGUUACUGAUAUUUUUGUUUUUCCGAGUAAAUAAUGGGUCGUCUCAACCGUAACUUCGAAAAGCCCCGGAGAAACCAAGGCAGAGCACCGUAUAACACCGUUGAGCGUGAUUUCACCAAGUACAACAUGUUCCUGGAUCAACAUCCUUGUUGAUCCUGGAACAACAUUUCAAUCAACCAAUCAGAAUUGAGAUAUAACUUUUCAGGAAAUAUCUGUUUUAGGCUUAAA